AUAAUGAAUGAAGAAGGACGAUACGACGACCAACCAAGAAAGCUCCGUCAGCAGACCUUACAGCACAAUGAAGAGGCGACGGUGGAAGCAACGAUUCACCAAUUAAAUAAACACUCCAACAUCUCUCUCUCUCUUUUUCACCCAAAUCGCAUUUCAUUCAUUCCUUUCGGCUCUUCCUUCUUCUUCUUCUUCUUCUUCUUCUUCUUCUUAAUAACUGAAACACCAGAUCAACUUUUCGUACCAAACCCACCUAUAACAAUGUCCCACUUGAUCCAACAUAACGACGAUUCCUUCUUCUUCCCAGGUGGUCUUUUUCUUCACGCUGACACGGUUCCUACCUCCUUCAUUACCUGCAUCCCAUCUUCUUCAUCGAAUUCUACCACUGUUUCCUGUUUUUCUUGUAAUAUCAGGAAAAGGGUCGGUUUUCAGAUUCUGAGGGUGCAAGGUGGUGCUGUUUUCUCUUCCUUGAGUUUGUCUAUAAACGGAAGAAGCGAUGAUGUAGAUCAUAGAUACAAAUCCAAUCAAAAAGAAGAGAAGGAGAAUAUUCAUGUUCAUGGAUCGGGUGCUGUCAACAUGACCAAACACCUCUGGUCUGGUGCUUUUGCCGCUAUGGUCUCAAGAACUUUUGUUGCACCACUUGAGAGACUUAAGCUGGAAUACAUAGUUCGUGGUGAACAGAAGAAUCUUUUUGAGCUCAUUCAGACAAUUGCAACAUCUCAAGGUUUGAAAGGAUUUUGGAAAGGAAAUUUUGUGAAUAUUCUUCGGACGGCGCCCUUUAAGGCUAUAAAUUUUUAUGCCUAUGAUACAUAUAAAAAUAAACUGGUCAGAUUGUCGGGGAAUGAAGAAUCCACAAAUUUUGAGAGAUUUGUUGCUGGGGCUGCUGCAGGGGUUACAGCAACCUUGCUCUGCUUGCCUAUGGACACUAUUAGGACAGUAAUGGUAGCACCUGGCGGUGAAGCAUUGGGAGGUGUAAUCGGUGUCUUCCGCCAUAUGAUCAAAACUGAGGGCUUCUUUUCUCUUUACAAAGGUUUAGUACCCUCCAUUAUCAGCAUGGCACCUUCAGGUGCUGUCUACUACGGCGUUUAUGAUAUUUUAAAGUCAGCAUAUCUGCAUUCACCCGAGGGAAUGAAAAGACUCCGAUAUAUGAAAGAAGAGGGUCAAGAGCUGAAUGCUUUGGAACAACUGGAAUUGGGUACCAUUAGAACUUUAUUAUAUGGUGCUAUUGCUGGUUGUUGUUCUGAAGCUGCUACAUAUCCCUUUGAAGUUGUAAGGAGACAGCUUCAAUUGCAGGUUAGGGCAACAAGAUUGAACGCGCUAGCAACUUGUGUCAAGAUUGUUGAGCAAGGAGGUGUUCCUGCUCUCUAUGCAGGAUUAACUCCCAGCUUAUUGCAGGUGUUACCAUCUGCUGCUAUUAGUUACUUUGUAUACGAGUUCAUGAAGAUAGUUCUCAAAGUAGAAUCAACAUAGAUAGAUUAUUAUACAAGCAAUUGAAACAACAGAUAUAGUUUGGCCAUUGAAGAUGAGAAUAUUCUCCACUUGUGUCCACACCAUGGACCUAAGAGGUGGCCGAUUACUCACACAUUUUAUAACUGUUUGACAACAUACACUGUCUAGGUCUCAUUGGAUUCUACUGCUGGCAAAGCUUUGAUGAAUAGGAGAGGAGGCUCAAUGAAAAGAUCUUGAAGUUUUUUUUUCUUCUUUUUAUAGACAACUAUUAGCGGUUAAUUAAUUAUAGGAUAGAGAAUUUGUUAGCAGUAGGAAUCGAACCCUUGGACAUCCUGCAUACUAGUGACCUAACCAUAUCAUUGGACGACAUCUUCAGUGACAUCUUGAAGCUUUGUUAAAUUAUGUUCCUUUUCAUGUUUGUAGCUUUGGAUAUUUGGCUGAUGAUAGUUUACAAAUUACAACAUGGUUUGUCAUUGACCCCUUUGA